CAAUUACGCAACUUGUGGUCUUUAAGACAAAGAGUGUUACUCAGCUGAUACAACAUUAGUAACAGACAGAACAGUAAAUAAUGUUGAUUUUUAUAACAGUUUUAAUGCUCAAUGUGUGGGCUAUACCAGCAGAUGAUUUAUUUUUACCAAACAUAAACAUCCUUGAUGAACUGGGGAAAAUAAAGAUCAUGGAAACAAGGAUGGAAUCCAUGGAGAAGGAAAUGGAGCGACUAAGAACAGAAAAUACAGCACAAACAAAAAAGCUGGAGGACACAAAGAUCAAAAUGGAUGAGCUAUUAAAAGAAAAUGAAGCACAAGCAAAGGAACUGGAGACCAUGCGUGGUACAACAAAUGAUGUAAAGAACAAAGUGGAUGAUCUAAUAAAACAAAAUGAAGUUUCAAAAGUGGCUUUCUCAGUUUCUCUGUCGUCCUCUAAUGGACCACACAGUAGUUUACACACCCUGAUUUACAAACACAUCUUCCUCAGUACUGGAGAUGCCUAUGAUGCAAACACAGGAAUUUUUACAGCACCCAUGAAGGGAGUGUAUGCAUUCAGGGUUUUCUCAAAGGCCUACGGAAGUCAAGAUAAAGCAGUUGUCGCAGGCCUAUUUAGAAAUGGCCAGCAUGAAAUUUCAACAUAUGCACGGCAAGACGGUGGUUUUAUCGGCUCUUCAAAUGGAGUUUCUUUGUUGCUGGAAAAGGGAGAUAAAAUCUAUGUAAAUCUCUAUCCUGGAUAUUGGAUUUUUGACAAUGAACACCAUCACAGCACCUUUAGUGGACAUCUGCUUUUCCCCAUGUGAACAGAAAAUACACAAGGUUUACUCAUUAGCAUCUUUGUAUAUCAAGAGUGUAAUUAUAUAAAAUGUCCACAUUAUUGUUUUUUUUCUGUCUGUAAGACUGUGUAAAUGAAUUUGAUAAGUAAUGCAUUUUACGUGAAUUUGAUAUAUAACAUACUAACUAACUUCAGUUCACCUACAUUUACGGCACCUACAGUAUGAGGCAAGUAUAUGGCUAAGUUAUACAAGGUCUUUCUCGAAAACCUUUGAAACUCAAAAUAGGUCUAUAUGAUAUUGGUGUAUUUUAUUUUUCACAUUAAAAACCUUAUAGUGUACACUAAAAACUUUUUUUUUAGCAUUGUGGUAGAUUUUUUUGCAAUGUUACAUAUUUAACAAUGUGCCAGAUGUAACCCAUAAAAGCAUUUUACCAA